UGAUGGCUAAAAAAUUUUGUUCCUGGUAGAAGGAAAUGGUAUGAAAAAGACUUGAAUGUUCAAAUGUCGGACACGUCAGUCCCUAACCUCACCUCCGUUAGUCAAAGUGUCUAUGUGACACGUUAAGGGCCAUGUGGAGUCUCAAUUGUUAUCCUACCUUGUAAUUUAUUACUCUAACCCAAUCUUUCAUCCUUCAAUUUGGUCCAAUCUUUCGGCCUACAAUUUUCAUUACCAAAAUCAAUUCACCUUUAACUUGCUUUUACCACAAUCAAUUUAAUAAAAUCAAUUUUACUCACAAACAAUUUUAACAAUGUAAAUCCAAACAUGUACCAUUGUGUGACACUUGGUGUGUGUUGAAUUAACGUGUGUGUCCCUCCUCAACUCAUAUCCUAUCUCCGACAGUGAUAUUAAUAUCACAGUAUCACAUGACACGUAUACGGAUGCAUCAUCUUCAAUUUUGAGAUCAAAUUCUAAGUAUCAGCUUCUGAUUUUAUGGAAGGCAUGUUUGGAUAAAAUAAUCAAAUAUGGAAGAGUCUUCCAAGGCUUUCUCCUCUCUAAGCAUCACAGUUGAAAAAGGCCAAGCACAAACAGAACAAGAACCUCCUCAUGAAGCCUUGUUUCUUGUCUUAACAUACCUUCCAGUGUACCAGGUUCUAGCCAUGUCUCAGGUUUGCAAAGCACUAAGGGAUGCAGUUAACAAUGAUGUGUUGCCAUGGCUGAAUGUUAUUGUUGAAAGGCCUCUGAGUUCAAGGCUCUCUGAUGAGAUUCUAGUGAAAAUCACUUCCAAGGCCAAUGGAAGGCUCAAAACUCUGGCUUUGAUGAACUGCACCCACAUCACUGACAAGGGGCUCCAAAGGGUCGUUGAACAAAACCCCCUCAUCAACAAGCUGCAUAUACCAGCAUGCACCGGCAUAACCGCUGAAGGAGUUACAAGAGCAGUGCAAACAUUGUGCCAAAGAAGCAACUGCUUAAGCACAUUACGCAUAAACGGCAUCUACAACCUACAGAAGGAGCAUCUAGACAUGCUUGCCAUGAACCUCAGAAAGAACGUUCCAUUAGAGGAGCAGCAAAUGCAGAAGCCUAACUACUAUCAUAAACGCGGAAGCUUUACAGUGUUUAGCCGCGAAGAAAACCAGAGGAUUAUUGAUUUGGAGACAUGUCCCAAGUGCUUUGAGGUGACGAUGGUCUAUGACUGUCCAAAAGUGGAAUGCAUGAAGAGGGAAAAGCCCCAAGUUCAAUGUAGGGGAUGCAAAUUUUGUAUUCCAAGGUGUGAAAACUGUGGUGGAUGUGUUGGAUCUGAAGAAGAGGAAGAAGCUGCAUGUGCAGAUAUCUUGUGCCUUGAAUGUUGGUUGCAGCUUCCCAAGUGUAAUUUCUGUAAUAAACCAUAUUGUAAACAACAUGAAAAUUGGUGGUGCUCUUCCUUAGACCCUAUAUUCCUCUGCAGAGUUUGUGAUGAACAUUCUCAUGGAUAUACAUACACUGAUGUUCUAUAGUGAACUAACUCAUGAUAAGCUUAAACUAUCUGAGUUUCUGUAAGUUGAAUAAAGUUUAUAGAACCAAUGAAAUUGUUGUUGAUGAAAGUAUUUCAACU